AUGAGUGGAAAACCUGCGCUCGGUCUUCUCGGCGGUGGCCAGCUCGGCCGAAUGCUGUGCGAGGCCGCUUCACCUCUCGAGGUCGAAAUCGCCAUCCUUGACGCCGCCGAUGCCCCUGCUAAGCAGGUCAGCCGAAGCAAGUACCAUGUCGAUGGAUCCUUCAAGGAUGCGGCAAAGAUCAGGGAGCUGGCCAAUCACUGCAGCGUCCUCAGCGUUGAGACUGAACAUAUCGAAACUGCUGUUCUUGAGGAGCUGUCCAAGGAGAACAAGGUUGUUGUCUACCCUUCGUGGAAGACGCUUCGCCUUAUCCAGGAUAAGUACGAGCAGAAGGAUUAUCUCGGCAAGCAGGGCAUUCCCAUCGCCGAACAGGUCGCCAUUCAAUCAUCCAGCAGCGAUGAGAUGCGCGCUGCUCUCAAGGACAUCUCAUCUAAAUACGGUUUCCCUUUCAUGCUCAAGUCCCGAAAGGACUCAUACGACGGCCGAGGCAACCUCAAGAUCUCCAACGACGAGGAUAUCGAAACUGCCGUGAGCGAGUUCGGAAAGCUUCAGUGCUAUGCCGAGAAGUAUGUUCCAUUCCAGCGCGAGCUCUCCGUCAUUGUCAUCCGCACAGAAGACACCGAUGGCCAAACCAAGCGCCUUGUGCCAUAUCCCGCCGUUGAGACAGUGCACGAGGACAACGUCUGCUCACGGGUCUACAUGCCUCCUCGCGACACCCCGGAUGAUGUAUCCAAGCGUGCCCAGGAGGUUGCUGUCAGUGUGGUCGAGAAGCUCUGGGGACGAGGUGUGUUUGCCGUUGAGAUGUUUGUCACAGAGAACAACGACAUCCUUGUCAACGAGAUUGCCCCGCGACCUCACAACUCUGGCCAUCUUACUAUCGAAGCUGUUCCCUAUAUGUCACAGUACAAGGCGCAGCUAACCUCCAUUCUCGACGAGCCACUUCCCGAGAAGCUAGAGCCCCACGUCGCCUCCAGCAUCAUGAUCAACAUCCUCGGAGGCGCUGAGCCCGAAUCCCAUCUCCCGCUUGUCAACAAGGCCAAGUCCAUGUUCGCCAGCAAGACCGGCGUUUACACCCACCUCUACGGCAAGCAGUCCAAGCCCGGCCGCAAGAUCGGCCACAUCACGCUCACCGGAUUGGACGCCAGCAUCAAGCAGCUCGAGGAGUUUGCCCAGCCGUUGGUGCAGUUGGCCGCUGAUAUGAGACAGGAGCGUAUCCAGGCCAAGAGCAAGGCUAUGCGCCCUGAGCAAGCAGUUGCCAAGUCUUCACAAGACCCCCUGGUUCUUGUCACAAUGGGCUCGGACUCUGAUCUCCCUGUGCUCAAGGCUGGUCUUGAUAUCCUGACCCAGUUCGGUGUUCCUUGGGAGGUUGACAUCACUUCUGCACACCGAACACCUGUGAAGAUGGGAGAUGUCGCCACAGCCGCUGCUGAUCGCGGUAUCAAGGUCAUCAUCGCUGCUGCAGGAGGAGCUGCCCAUCUGCCUGGUAUGAUCUCAGCCUACACUCCCCUGCCCGUCAUCGGUGUUCCUGUCAAGGCGACCCAUCUCGACGGAAUGGAUUCCCUUCUCAGCAUUGUCCAAAUGCCUCGCGGUGUUCCUACAGCCACCGUUGGAAUCAACAACUCCACCAACGCUGCCCUUCUCGCCAUCAGAAUUCUCGGCGCAUUCAUUCCCGCCUAUCUUGAGAAGAUGAAGGCCUACCAGACUGACAUUGGCGAGCAGGUCAACGGAAAGGCUACCCGUCUGAGGGAAUCAGAUGUGGAGUCUUACCUUGCUCAAAUGAAGAAGGGUUAA